AUGCGUCUCUUGCUGUCAACAGCCUUCUUUGUUACCCUUCUCUUUCUGGGGACUCUUGCCCGCAGUGCUGCAGUCGACGACAAUGCUGUAGCAGGAGUAUCUGAGCGCUCAGGUAUCUCAGAUGCGAUUGAGCCCCGAGCAAGGCGGCCGAAGUUCAAGAACCCUCUCAGCGGCAAGGGCAAUAAAGGCAGCAAGAAGAAGGACAGGAAGAAGAAUAAGAAGAAGAAGUGCAGGGGCCAGCCCGGCCAGCCCGGAGACGAAUCCGACUCCGACACGGAAGACUGCCCGACCUCGACGAGGCCGUUGGCCCGACCAACCUUGUAA